AGUCAGGUCAGCUGACAUAUCAGCGGGCACGAGCAGGAAGAAGAAGCCCCGACGAGCGGCCGCGAGCACCGGAGGGGACGUACGCCUACUCUCCUACAAGCCACAGCGGAGGCCGAGCGGGGGACUGCUGGUGGAACGUGGGGCGGAGUUUGGUUUCAUCAUGGCCUGUGGGGUCUGAGAAGCAGCCACGAUGAUUGGAGGAUUGUUCAUCUACAACCACAAAGGGGAGGUCCUCAUCUCCAGGGUCUACCGAGAUGAUAUAGGACGCAAUGCGGUGGACGCGUUCCGCGUGAACGUGAUCCACGCGCGGCAGCAGGUGCGCUCUCCGGUGACCAACAUCGCCCGCACCAGCUUCUUCCACGUGAAGCGCUCCAACAUCUGGUUGGCGGCCGUCACCAAGCAGAACGUCAACGCCGCCAUGGUGUUCGAGUUCCUCUACAAGAUGUGCGACGUCAUGACGGCCUACUUUGGCAAGAUCAGCGAGGAGAACAUCAAGAACAACUUUGUGCUCAUCUACGAGCUGCUCGACGAGAUUCUGGACUUUGGAUACCCCCAGAACUCAGAAACUGGAGCACUGAAGACCUUCAUCACUCAGCAAGGCAUUAAGGGACAGCACCAGACAAAAGAGGAGCAGUCUCAGAUCACCAGCCAGGUGACUGGGCAGAUCGGCUGGCGUCGCGAGGGCAUCAAAUAUCGUCGCAAUGAACUCUUCCUGGAUGUGCUGGAGAGCGUCAACCUGCUCAUGUCACCGCAAGGUCAGGUCCUCAGCGCCCACGUGUCAGGCCGAGUCGUGAUGAAGAGUUACCUUAGCGGGAUGCCCGAGUGCAAAUUCGGCAUGAACGACAAGAUCGUCAUCGACAAGCAAGGCAAGGGAGGCGCGUCCGACGAUGCCGGGAAGAGUGAUUUAGGGGGAGGAAGUGGGAAGCAGUCCAUCGCCAUCGACGACUGCACCUUCCACCAGUGUGUGCGUCUCAGCAAGUUCGACUCGGAGCGCAGCAUCAGCUUCAUCCCCCCCGACGGAGAGUACGAGCUCAUGAGGUACCGCACCACUAAGGACAUCAUCCUGCCGUUCCGCGUCAUCCCUCUGGUCCGCGAAGUUGGACGCACUAAACUUGAGGUGAAGGUGGUCAUCAAGUCCAACUUCAAACCAUCGCUGCUGGCUCAGAAGAUCGAGGUCCGCAUCCCCACGCCCCUCAACACCAGCGGCGUGCAGGUGAUCUGCAUGAAGGGAAAAGCCAAGUACAAGGCCAGCGAGAACGCCAUCGUAUGGAAGAUCAAACGCAUGGCCGGAAUGAAGGAGUCUCAGAUCAGCGCUGAGAUUGAGCUGCUGCCCACCAACGACAAGAAGAAAUGGGCCAGACCUCCCAUCUCCAUGAACUUUGAGGUCCCGUUUGCCCCGUCUGGCCUCAAAGUGCGCUACUUGAAGGUGUUUGAGUCCAAGCUCAACUACAGCGACCACGACGUCAUCAAAUGGGUGCGCUACAUCGGCCGCUCGGGCAUCUACGAAACGCGCUGCUGAAGUGGCACGCAUCGUCUGCUCCUUCUUCUGAGUUUCCCUCCCUCUUUACCUCUCCUCACAUUUAUUCUUACAUCUUAUCCACCUUCCCCCUCUCCUGACUAGGUGUUGGAGGCUGACUUUACAUGGUUGAAUAAAAACACGACAUAAUGCACAGAUGUAAGCGAGAUGUGAGCCGUUGUGUGGUAACUAUCUGGUAGUGAUGAGUACAUGGCCAGCAGUUUGUGUUCAUUCAGUGUUAUUCUUCAACUUUUAUUAGUCGGCACAACUUCAAAGUCCAGUAAGAUGACGUGUAGCUGUUGUGGUUUCACAUGGAUCUUGUUCUCCUUCUUGUGUAUGAGUAGUCCAAAUUGUUGUUGACUGAUGAGCCCAACUUAAGGGGAUAAAUCACUUUUAGCCUGCUGCUUUUGUGUGACACAGGACAUUCCAGACAGACUUAAUAAUGAGCUCGGCUUUUAUUUUGAAAGGACUCGUCCUAAACAUAUCAGAAGCACUAAGACCAAGGUCGUUCUUCCAGUGUUGAGUGUGACACGAAAGAAAGGCGUGUUGGAAAAUCCGAACCUUGCCUUCCUGUCCCCCCGCAGUGUCGUUUAGAGGCCACGCCCCCCCGGUGUUUACCUUCUCCAUAUUUGUAGCCCUGGUGACCGUUCUGUCCAAUAAAAUAUCACCAUGUAUCCAAA